AUGAUGUCCAGUGUAGUGUUUCAUAAAUCUGUCACAGUGCCAGGAGUUACUUACGGUGGACAUAUUUCCCGACUGACAUCGGACGAGGUCUGGGUCAAUGAUGUGAACAAUCUCGUCUUGACAAACACAGCGGGUACAAAUCUACACCAACUGACAGAUAUAGAUAGUGGAUGCGGAGUACACACAGUUAACAGCGAUGGAGAUUUAAUAUAUAUAAACAGGAAUGGUAACAUAAACAAACUGUCUAAAGUUGACAAAGUUAAGAGUACAUUAAUCAAAUGCACAGAUCAAUGGAAACCAGCGUGUGUUUACAGCUCUCAUUCUAAUGAAGACUUGCUGGUCGUAAUGUGGAAUGCUGGUACAUAUAGUGCAAAAGUAACUCGAUAUAAUGCAGCAUUAGAACUUAUCCAAACUAUACAAUACGACCACAAUACAGGUGAGAAAUUAUAUAUUGACCCUGGAUAUAUUACCGAGAAUCGGAAUGGAGAUAUAAUUGUGUCUGACCAUGACCGUGAGGCCGUGGUAGUAACGAAUCGUGGAGGAUGGCAUCGUUUCUCUUAUUCAGGGCACCCUUCCGGAUCAGGACUUCUUCCAUUUGGAAUAUGUACAAACGUUUUGUCACAAAUUCUUGUGUGCGAUUAUGAUAACAAUACAAUACAUAUGAUUAGCAAAGACGGUAACUUUUUAUCAUUCAUUCUGACACAAGAGCAAGGUUUAUACUUACCACAAAGUCUGAGUUAUGAUGAAAAAAACAGUUUCCUCUGGAUUGGAUCAGGAUAUAACAAUACAGUAGUCAUUUACAAAUGUAUAGACGGAGAAUCGCCUUCCGACCUUCAUCUGCACGACAUUAAAUGCAAGAGACACCCUCGACGUACAUUAGUUCAGUUCUGUAUUCAGUGUAAUUUUCCCUUGUGUGUGGAUUGUACGAGCUCUGAGGAUCACAGGGGACAUCAUCUUGGAGAUAUAGAGGAGCUGUUUAAAGAAAUUCACAGGAUAGAAGAUGGGGAUACAUUUUUGAUGUGCCUUCUUCUUUCCAAUUCUUAUAAAAUAAACUUGAAAGAAGGAAACUGGAUGACCAAAUACAAUACUGUUGCCAACAGUUUUCAAUCCAAGGAAAUCAAAAAGCCCUUUGCUUUAAAAGAUUUAGAAAAGUACAAACCAAUUCUGAAAUUCAAUGAAUUAGAAAUAAGUUUUUCCAACGAACUCUUCAAAAAUAUCAGUUUUCUUAGAUUUUCAAAAAAUUUAAAAUUUCUGGAUAUUUUCUUGGCUUGGGCUGAAAAAGAAAACAUUGCUGAGUACUGUAGAUCGUGUAAUUAUCAGAGAGAAGAAGGUGAAGUUUGCUGUUGGUUAUUGCCAGAAAAAAAUGAGGAGUUUUUAGAAAGGCUAGGAGAAAAUAUUUUCACACAUCCGACAAUGAAUGACCAGUCAAUACAUGAAGCUGUAUUUAGAAAAUUCGGCGUUCCAAUACAGGUUAUAAUGAGGGGGGACAAAUCAGUGAAGAAUUUCACGGAAAAUCUAAAGAAAGGGAGGACGAGGAUGUACCAUGCCUCUGGAAUGAUCAUAGGGUGUGCUGGUAGUGGGAAAACAACAUUACUAGAGAGACUUAAGGGCACUGACCUGGCAGAAAUUAAACAAAGUGUCAAUUCGACAAGAGGCGUUCAAAUUCAUACUGACGUUUUUAAUGUGACAGAUAGCAUCCGAGUAAAUAAUUCAAGUCAGCAGCAACGGUUUAAAAUUCGUGUUGAUGAAGCGAAUGAUGUUGAAAAGCUGGAGAAAGUGGAACCAGUUGCUGUUGGGUAUACUACUGCAGAAGCAUCGAUUCUUAGACAGGUGUCACCCGAAGGAAUCAAAAUUCAGACUACCUCAUCAUAUAAACGAGAAGACCCUACAUCAUCGGAAAAUUCAAGGGAAGUCCUUGAAAAUAGCGAAGCUUUUUCUAGUGCUUCAGAACUAUCUGGAGUUUUGCAGAUACUUUCAAAAAACAAUUCAAAUGAUCCCGAGAAAAAAAUCACAAUGACCGACUUUGCUGGUCAAUGUGCAUAUUAUGCCUCACACCAGAUUUUUCUGAGUCCGCGGGCAUUCUUCAUCCUGGUGCUGAAUAUGGAGAAGAAGUUUGAAGAUAAAGUUGGAGAGGAAGUGUGUAGGCAGAAAGGGUCGAUUUAUAAAGAAUGGACACAUAAAGAUUAUCUUAAAUUUUGGAUGGAGUCCAUUCACCAAUAUAGCAGUAUUAAGGCACCUGUCAUCCUGAUCGGUACACACAGUGAGGAUAAAGAAGAAAGGGAUAUUACACUGUUUUUCCGUGAAAUAUGGAAGAUUUUGGAAAUUAAGAAGUCUUUGCACAAAGAACUUGUGAAAAGGCGAUUUGCAGUUGGUUUUCAUGACAAAGAAAGUCUUGAAAAUAUCAAGAAAUCAAUUGUAGAUGUCGUGUACUCACUUGAACACUGGGGUGAAGAUCUCCCGCAAUCAUGGGCAAUGUUUGAAACAUUCUUUCGGGAAAAGAAAAAGGAUAAAUUUUUAAAUAGAGAUGAUAUUAUUGCGUUCAAUGAAGCAUUGCCAGAGGGAAUUAGGCUUCACACUAGUGAAGAUAUGAAAGUUAUGCUGCAGUUUUUCCAUGACACCAGAGAAAUUUUAUACUUUGAUCAAGAUGUCCUCAAUAAAGUUAUUAUUCUCGAUGUUCAGUGGUUUGCAGAUGCAUUUAAAAAUGUCAUAACAGAUAAAAACCAUGCAGAAGAAGAUUUGUUUGAGUUUGCUACGGAAUGGGACAAUUUCAAUGAAACUGGGGAGUUGCACGACACUCUUUUGUCUGCUAUUUGGAAGAUGCACAACAAAUGUUACAUUGAACAGAAAGAUCAUAUCAUGAUGUACAUGGAGAAGCUAGGUCUCUUAGCAAAAAUAUGUGACAAUAAAUGGUAUGUUCCUUGUAUGAACAAAAAAUCAUUUCCUGUACCUGAUGAUGAACCUAAGGCAUCAAAAUCAAAACGUGGAUAUAAGCAUGCAGCAUCUGAAAGCCCAGCAUCAAUAGAAUUACUUACGGAAGUACAAAAGAAAGCAAAGGGCCUGCACAACAAUUUAGUGGCAGAACUUAUAACAGACUACCUUGACGAAUCUGUCGAAGGUG